AGUAGAGGGUUCUUUUGGAAAACGAUUAUAAAUUUACUGUGAUAUUUUUGUAAUGAACUAAAUUUUUAAGUUUAAGUUUAACCUACUAAGGAUAAAACUUUAAAAAUGGAAAUUUGUUGCUUGGAGGAAUGUGGUGCAGAUUCAGUGCGACCAAUGCUGGUCGCUCCGAGAUGUAUUGAUAAUCCCCCCUACCACCCUUGUCUUCCAGCGUGCACUAAAACAUAUUAUUGCUGUGACAAACCCCCAAAACCGAAGCACUGUCAUAGACACUGUAUUAAGGCCGAAUAUGAACCAUGUUCACCGCCUAACAAUCAUCAGGACUGCUACAUCGUUCGCUCGCCGUCGCCGUCGCCUCGGUCGCUGUGUUGCGAGCCUUGCGAGUCGCAUCGUGAGUGUAAACCGACGAAGACAAAGUACAUUAUGCCAUGCUAUCGAUAUGAAGACGGACGCAUUGCUAACCAACCGACGGUGCUGAUGCGGCGCGCCUGCGAAGUGGCAGUCGGCAAGCGCCCGCGCAAGAAGCCCUACGAAGAGAGCCGGUUCGUUCGCGACCCUGACCACCAGGAAUCACGUUACAUUAGGGAAGAUGAGGAGGGUAACUGUUGUUUUCAUUUCGAACACCAGAAAAACAAGUUCGCCCCGCCAUCUGCACAUUCUCAAUACUGCAUGGAGUACCCUCCCGGAGUGACCGCCCGCCCUGUGAUGUCAGUGCCAGCAGUACCGCAGAAUUGUUACUAUUACUCCAGCUACAAUCCUUGUUAAAUAC